AUGGAGACACCUAACAAUCAACCAGCUUCAUUAUUGCCCUUAAUUAUUGACCUUCUCUCUUUUUCACGACUAACUGGAGCUGCCCGCAUUGGUGGUGGACUGUCGUUCACCGUCAGACAACGUCAGCAGCUGGCGCCGGUGACUUCCUCAGAUCCGCCACCGAUGAGUUCUUCGCCGAGGAGCGGAGGAAAUUCAGAUGAGGAGACGGACCAGAUAAAACCUUGGACGACUUACUCUAGCGCUCGAGGUUGGGAGAGUGGCUCAGAGGCUUGGGUAGAUGAAUGUGCUCUGUCGCUGGCAGGAGAAGGGUCACCUUCCGAUGUGGAAACAAUUGAAAGCCACAUUGUAGUGAUAGAACGUGUCAUUCAAAACGAAUUACCUCGGUGGAAAAAAGUUCUAAUUCAAGAAAAUAUGAUCUACAGAAUUCCAGAGAUCACCCGUAGUUUAGAUAAAGAUGCUUAUGCUCCUCGGUUUGUCAUUCGGCCCCUAUCAUCGUGACACUGAAGCAUUUAAUCCUGCUGACAGAUAAUCAGUCUAUAGAAAUUUAUCAGAUAGCGACAAUGUAUCAUAUGACUUGUGCACUUAUUUGAGUAUGUUACUAAAUAAUAUACUACUACUACUAUAACAACAAUUAAACCUUCUGUUACUAAACAAUA